AUGAAUAUAAAUACACUUAUUAUAAACUUUAAUAAAGUUAAAAGAAUGAAGAACUUUUUAAUUUUAACAUUAUUGGUAGUAAUGGUAGUUGUAUUUUUACAAGGUCCAACAUUGAUGAUAAAUAAUUCAGGGCAAGGCAUGGGUCACAAUGUUGAAAAGAUAAAAUUGGAACCACAUGUAAAAAUACAAAGAGAGAAUCUAGAGAGAAAAAAAAUACCCCCAAAACAAGAUUUUACAGAUGGAUUACAUGCAUCAUUCACAACGAUUCCAUUCUAUUAUAAAGCCAAUGGUAUCAUCAACCAAAACACCAAUAAACUCUAUAGAAACUAUCAGAUCACCAUUGUCACACAGACCACAGUCGAUAGAUUAUCAAAGGUGUCAAUGAUGGCAGAGAAAUGGAAGGCACCAUUAUCAGUGGCCGUCUUUAUAAAGGAUUCAGAGAAUCCAAAGGCAGAGAUAGAGAAAUUGGAGAAACACAUCGAAAAUGAUUAUCCUGCAUUGUCCUACUAUUCAGAUAUUCAUAUAUUAAUAUCGAAUAAAACUCGUUAUCCAGUUAACAACUUACGUAAUUUAGCGAUUGAACAUUCACGUACUGAUUUAGUUUUCAUUAUGGAUGCUGAUUUCUUACCACCAUUAGGUUUACAUGAUUACAUUUUAUCACAAAAAUAUUACUUUAACAUCAAACCUUCAAACCAACAUUAUUUUAAAAAUAACCUUUUAAAUUUCUAUCAUAAGAAACCUUUAAAUAAUAAUGAUAAUAAUAAUGAUUAUAAUAAUAAUCCUUCAAAAAUACCAUAUGAUCAAAUUAUUGACUAUAGUACAAAUAUUAAUACCGAUUCAGAAUUUAAUAAUAUUAAUUACAAUAUGGAAAAUUUAAAUGAAAAUGAAUAUUUAAAAAAUAUAAAUAAUAAUAAUAAUAAUAAUGAUAAUAAUUAUAAUAAUAAUAAUAAUAAUAAUAAUAAUAAUAAUAAUAAUAAUAAUAAUAAUAAUAAUAAUAAUAAUAAUAAUAAUAAUAAUAAUAAUAAUAAUAAUAAUAAUAAUAAUAAUAAUAAUAAUAAUAAUAAUAAUAUAGAUAAUAAUAUAGAUAAUAAAAUAGAUAAUAUAGAUAAUAAUAUAGAUAAUAAUAAUAAUAUAGAUAAUAUAAAUAAUAAUAAUAAUAUAAAUAAUAUAGAUAACAAUAAUAGUAAUUAUAAUGAUAAUAAUAAUAAUAAUAAUAAUAAUAAUAAUAAUAAUAAUAAUAAUAAUAAUAAUAAUAAUAAUAAUAAUAAUAAUAAUAAUAAUAAUAAUAAUAAUAAUAAUAAUAAUAAUAAUAAUAAUAAUAACAAUAAUAAUAAUAAUAAUAAUAAUAAUAAUAAUAAUAAUAAUAAUGAACCAUUAAAGGUUGCAUUUGUUAUUCCAUCAUUUUCAAGUCAUAUACCGCCAAGUCAACAUCCAAAUAAUAAAAUGGAUAUGAUAGAUUUGGUUAAAAGUAGUAAAAUUGAGCCAUCAAAUAGUAGAGUUUGUAAAAAAUGUCAUUCACCAACUAAUUUCGAAAAAUGGAUGGAUGCAGUGGAACCAUAUGAAGUUGAAUAUAAAUGGAUUUUUGAACCAUAUUUAGUUUUUAAUAAAACUCAAAAUAUACCAUUCGAUGAAAGAUUAAAAGGAUAUGGAUUCGAUAAGAAUUCUCAUGCUUUCUCGAUGGCAGUAGAAGGUUUCCACUUUGUAGUAUUACCAGAUUCUUUCAUUAUACACGUAAAUCAUAGUCCAUCAACAUGGGAGGGUCCAUCUUUAGAUGAACAACAAUGGGAUGCCCUAAGAGUAGUUUGUGAAAUUAUACCAGAUGUUAAAAUUAAGAAUGGUUAUAAUCCAAACGUUGUAUUAUUUAAUGAACCAUUACCAAAUGAAUGUUUCAGUGAUCAUCAUUGGUAA